AUGUAAGGACAUGAAGAUAUUACGAAAGUUUAUACUUUUGAAAAGACUCUAGGAGAGUAAGCCAUGAUAUUUAAUAAAUUAGAGGUGCCUUUGGAGUUGUUAAGAGAGCAAAAAAGAAGUCUAAUGGAGAUAUGUAUGCUGUGAAAAUCAUCAAUAAGUAUUUGUUGAUGUGACUAACAAUUAGAGACAACUUAUAAAAUGAGGACUUAUAAGCUUUGCAAACAGAAGUGGAAAUUUUGACUUAAGUACAAUAUUAUGCUUACUACUAGAUUGACCAUCCAAAUGUAGUCAAGCUUUAUGAAAUUUACGAAGAUGACACCAAUUUUUAUAUGGUCUUGGAAUUGAUGACAGGAGGUGAAGUAAGGAUUUAUGCUUAAAUUCUAAGCUUUUUGAAAGAAUAGUGGAGAAAGAUCACUUUAGUGAAAAAGAAGCUGCUGCCACAUUGAGACCAAUCAUAGAUGCAUUGUCUUAUUGUCACAAAAUGGGAAUUGCUCAUAGAGAUCUCAAACCUGAAAAUCUUUUAUUUUCAAGUAGAGAACCAGGCGCUUUAUUAAAGGUAAGUGAUUUUGGACUGGCACGUUUUGUUACUAAUGAUGAAGUCAUGAUGACUCAAUGUGGUACACCUGGAUAUGUGGCACCUGAAAUUCUUUCUGGACACGGAUAUUCAGAAGCUAUUGACUUUUGGUCAGUUGGUGUUAUACUCUAUAUUAUGUAAGUGAUUUAUCUAAUUCAAUAGGUUAUGUGGAUUUCCACCAUUCUAUGAUGAGGAUAAUGAUAAGCUCUUCAAAAUCAUCAAAACUGGGCAGUUCUCCUUCCCCUCUCCUUAUUGGGAUAGCAUCAGCAAUGAAGGUAAAUCUGAUUAAUUCAUAUCCUUAUAGCUAAGGAUCUCAUUAAAGGUCUAUUAACAGUUGAUCCAGCAAAAAGGUUUGGAACUGAAAAAAUCUUGAAACAUCCUUGGUUAGUGAACAAUACAGUUAAAUCAAUUCCUAACAUUUAAAAUAAGAUGAAGGAAUUUUAUGGAAGCGCAACCAUGAAAGUAUUAUUAAUCUCAUAAUUUCAAUUAGAAAAUGGGUAACUUUGUUAAGCUAGCAUAAAGAUGGGGUAAAUUAUCAUAGAUUAAAAAGAAAUGAUUUAAUUAUAUCAUCA